CUUGGGUUCUUGGCCUGUUCGUCUGCAAGGCCAUGUCAUACCUUCAAGGAGUGAGUGUAUCAGCAAGUAUCAACACUCUGGUGGCCAUAUCUGUGGAUAGGGCCAUGGCCAUCUGUUACCCAAUGAAAUGCCAGAUCACUUCCCGCACCUGUAGGAGUAUUAUUGUGGUUAUCUGGGUAUUCUCCCUCACCAUUACUCUCCCAUGGGCUAUAUUCUUCAAUUUGGAGCCCAUACCGGAGACCGAUCUUCAUGUGUGUACAGACAGGUGGCCAGAUGAACAGAGUGGUAACCUGUACUUCGUGUUGGCUAAUCUUAUUAUGUGUUACCUCUUGCCUCUCACUGCCAUCUCUGUCUGCUACAUUCUCAUCUGGCGAAAGGUGUGGCGUCGCAAGCUUCCAGGAGAGCAACAGGACGUAGGUGUGGCUAUGAUGAUGCAGAGAUCUAAGAUAAAGGUCAUCAAGAUGCUGUUGGUUGUGGUCAUCUUGUUCGCUUUAUCCUGGUUGCCUCUGUACGCCAUCUUUGCCAGGCUUAAGCUGGGUGUAGCGCCAACAGAAAUGGAGAACCACAUCAUUCACAUAUUGGCGCCUAUUGCCCAGUGGCUUGGCGCCUCUAACUCCUGCAUCAACCCUGUGCUGUACGCCUUCUUUAAUGACAAGUUCCGUUCUGGUUUUAAGGCCAUCCUCGUGUCAAGGUCGUGCUGUUCGCCUCUCCGCCUCGACUCUAACUGCAAGAACUAUCACUCAUCUGUCAGGGCUCAUAACCUGUGUUCUCUUGAGUCUAAAGCUUCGUCUGAGUUCUCAAUCUAUUCAAGCAGUUCUGGAUCAGCUGAGACGAGGAGGAAGAGUGUGUUGGUGCAGAUCCCACUAGACAGCCACUCUCCGCGCACCACCGUCACCACAACAACAUCAGCCUCGGAGAAGAAGCGAUCAGUUGUAUCACAGCGAACAAGGCGCUCAAUGGUACUCUACCGACAGUGUAUCAUUAAUAAUUUUACUAACGGCGCUGCUUCUACUACUGCUACUACUACUACUACUACUACUACUACUGCUGCUGCUACGUCUACUUCCACUCCUUCGUCAUCAUCAACUAGCUCCUUCUCAACCACGACGCAAGUUAACGGCUCCACCACUCUUGUUUAAGAAGUGUUCAAUCUCCAACAUUAUCUUCAACAUUAUCUCCAACACUACCAUUAUCGCCUCUUUCGUCCUUCUCCACCACCACCAUAACCACAAUUACCACCAAUAUCACCAAAUAUAUAUCUAAGCACCAACAGACCCCAGUCCUAAUAGACCCCAGUCCUAAUAGACCCCAGUCCUAAUAGACCCCAGUCCUUAAAGAUCCUAUACAUAAUAGACCACAGUUCUAAUAGACCCCAAUAUAUUGAUGCCUGGGGCUAAUUUCACCAGUUAAACACACAAUUGUCAAGGUAUUAGCCCCAUACAUGAAAACACUGACAUUUAGCAUAGUUAGCCCUUGAAAUUAGAAGAAAACGGAGCAAAUUGUCGCACAAACUAUACUAAAUGUUUUGGUAUUUGUUAAGGAAGACUAGAGGUGGUUGGGGAGACUAAUUACCUGUUGGGGAGGUUAUUUAAUGUUUGAGGAGGAUAUUUAAUGCUUGGAGAGGAUAAUUACUAGUUGGGGAGGACAUUUAAUGACUGGGGAAGAGAAUUAAUGGUCGGGGAAGAGUGGAGGCUGGUACAGUGGAGCCCACAGUUUUUUCACCUAAAGAAUAACCGAACCCUACCCCACCCCACCCCACCCCACCCCACCCCACCCCAAAUAGCAUCAGGGUGUCUAAUUUUCAGGUGAAAUAAGAUUGUGUAGCCUUGGUAGAGAGAGACUUUGAUCUAUGUAUAACACCAAAAUAUAUGUAAUAAAUCAAUGUAUCUUAUAUAUGUAUACUUAAAAAUAUAUUAUACCAUCACACACACAUAACAUAACCAUGAUAUAAUCUUAAACCUUUAAUUCUAGCUUAUAUAACCCGUAUAUAUAUAUGACUAUGUUUAUAGGUAAAUAAUAAAAAAAAUUGAUAUGAGAAACAUGAUAUCAACUUAAUCCUAUCAUGUAGACUGAUAAGACAUGAUAUCUACCUUCUCGGUGUGAUAUAUUAGACAUGAUAUACUGAACAGCAUUGAUGAUCAUGUUAUCUGCUAAAUUAUAUCAUGUUGACUCAAUCUUGUUAUCAUGUUAUAUUGUUAUCAUGUUAAGUAAAGUUAGGGGGAACUUUACUAAAUAAGGUAACGAGAAUUAUAUGUAUAUUAAUGUAUUUUUUUGUGUAUAUGUGUACAUGUAUACAUAUAGGAACGUGUAUGUGUGUGUGUAUAUCUAUGUAUACCAAAAAGGCUUUACUUGUGAUGAAUAACAAUGUAUAAAAUGUG